GAUAACUGCACAAUUAAUUUAUAAUGUGUUAAAAAUAUGAUCAUUAACCAGCCUAUUAUCUGUGUAGCCGCUAACUCAAAUAUCACUAGUUACAUCCAACCUCUACGAUUUGAUUAAACUACUCACCAGAAUGUGGACUUCACGAACCAUUGGGCCCUCGUUGAGAGCAGAGAUCCAUUAGGCCGGUUGUCCAACUUAUUAGCCCAAGAAUGCUGAAAUAUAGCCCAAUGGUUCGUGAAGUCCACAUUCUGGUGAGUAGUUUAAUCAAACCGUAAAACGAAGAAGCCCGGUUCUGAAUAUGCCAGUGCACUGCCACCCACCUGAAGGCUGAAGAAAAAUAGCAAUUUCCAUGGCGGUCUGGAUGUGUUAUUCUGCGCCAAUCAUCCUCCCGCGUGUUCCCAGCUCGCUCACCCAGACUGUGGACUGGAAGAAGAAACUCUGCGAAUUUAAUUCCUGGAACGACCACAAGAAGGCAGAAUCUCCACAACGAAGUUCUUAUCGGCCAAAUUGUUCAGUUCCCUCGUCGUCUACUUCUUCUCCUUCUCUUGCUUCUUCGUCAAUUUCGGUCUCAGAAAUGUCAUGCGAGAGGUCGAAGAAGGUGUGGAUACUUACACAGAGCAAGCAAGUCAUGACUGCUGCUGUGGAGAGAGGAUUGAACACCUUCCUCUUCUCCCCCCAGCAUCGAUUUCUCGCCGACGAAUGGUCUUCAAUUGCUUUGAUUCGCCCUCUCUUUAUCAAGGAAGGAGAGGUUUUGGAUUCUGAAAAGCGGAGAAUCGCCACGGUUUUUGAAGUUUCCACCCCGCAAGAGUUGCAGCUGCUGAACCCAGAAAGUGCACAGGCUGAUAAUGUUAUCGUUGACUUAAAAGAUUGGCAGAUGAUACCGGCGGAGAACAUAGUUGCAGCAUUCCAAGGAAGUGGGAAAACUGUGUUUGCAAUCUCCAAAUCAGCUUCUGAGGCACAGACUUUCCUUGAGGCUCUAGAGCACGGGUUAGGUGGAGUUGUUCUGCAUGUUGAAGAUGUUGAACCUCCACUCGAGCUAAAGGACUACUUAGACAAAAGAAAUGAAGGACAGAAUCUUUUGAGUUUAGCAAAAGCAACUAUAACUCGGAUUGAAGCAGUUGGUAUGGGUGAUCGUGUUUGUGUGGACCUCUGCAGCUUAAUGAGACCUGGGGAGGGACUACUGGUUGGCUCCUUUGCCAGAGGACUAUUCCUUGUUCAUUCGGAAUGCUUGGAGUCGAAUUACAUUGCCAGUCGGCCUUUUCGUGUCAAUGCUGGUCCAGUGCAUGCAUAUGUUUGUAUACCUGGAGGGAGGACAUGUUACCUCUCAGAGCUCAAGGCAGGAAAAGAAGUUAUCAUAGCUGACCAGAAGGGCCGCACACGUACUGCAAUUACUGGACGCGUGAAGAUAGAGACCAGGCCUCUUGUUUUGGUGGAGGCAAAGAUAGAGUCGGAGAGUGAAAUGACUUGCAGCAUCUUCCUACAGAAUGCGGAAACUGUUGCCUUAAUACCCCCUAUUUGCAAAGUUAAUGAGCCGCAGCUAGUGACUGCAGUUCCUGUGACUUCACUGAAACUUGGUGACGAAGUUUUGUUGCGAGUACAAGGAGGGGCUCGCCAUACAGGAAUAGAGAUUGAGGAAUUCAUAGUCGAGUCUUGAAGUCAUUCAUAUAUGUUAUGCGUGCUCAUCAAAGUAACUUCUGUUGUAAGUGCAAGGCAAUGCUUGUUGUGUGGCCUUCUCACCUGCUUGGAAUCUUCGAGGAACAAGGCUUGGUUCUUGCACUUGAAACUUGGAAGACACCUUCACUGCUUCGCUGCCAGUACCCGAACAACCGCAGCAGCAAGACCCUCUCUGAUUUCCAUCCUAUCUCUGUCUUCUAGCUCGUAGAGAUGUUCCAAGAAUUCGGAGAAGCAAUGGGUAAUUUUCUAGGAUUGCUUCCUAGACGUCUGCACUUUGGAUGGCUUGAAUGUUCAACUUGCUUCAUCCCAUCUACACAAUCGUCCUGCCAUCUGGGUUGAACAGUUAUUCUAUUUUUAAUUUUCCCCAUUUCCCUUUUCCGUUUAUGUAUGCCCUUUGAUAUUGAAUUGGUAAUUCUAGACACUGUCUGUAUGUAGUUAAGGAUUCGAAUACGUUUGAAUAGAAUGAAUACUUGAAUAUUGCUAAUAGACAGUCUUAGGCCUUAGGAGCUUGAGAUACUGUCUUAGGAGCUUGAGAUAUACAGUCCCACUACAUGCUUCUAUUGGAGACCAGUUCAUCCUGGCAAAAUCAAAUCACCAAUGGAGACCAUGUGCCAUUUCCUAGAACCAAAACCCACGAGGAGCAGAAUCGAUCAGUUGAAGCUCGAGUACGACAUAAACUAUGUACCUAACAACGCUCCAAUGGCGCCCAGCUGUGGCAACAAGAAGGAGAUGAGGCAACAAGAAGGAGAUCAGGAGUUGAUAAGAAAUCGGUCUUGGUAUAGUUGCACACAAGUGGCAGCUUGGUGACAUAGAAGGGGACGGUGGAGUGGUGUACAAGGAACAUAUUGUCUUUUGCUUGGAGUGGUUUGAUCCAGUAGUAGUAAUUUAGGAAUUACAAUAUUCAUCAUAUCAUAUAUUCGAAUCUUGUGGUCAAUAACUAUCUAGAAAAACAAAUCAUACUUCUAUUCCCUUUUAGUUAGGCGGCCUACCUCUUCUCCCCAUUUUCCCCUUCUUCAAAUCUAUAAUGUUGUGCUUUGCUUGAAAAAAUCUCUAAAUUUUAUUUCUAAUUUCAUAUUUUGCUCUUCAAUCCCUAAAUCUAUCCCUAAUAUCUUUAUUUAAAUCAAGCAAAGACAUUCAUCCUCCUCUCACCGAUGACGAUGAGGCAAUGACUAUCCAUCAAGUUUUAUUUAAAUCAAAUCUUAACAAAUUGUUAUUAAAGAAUAAAAGUUAGAAAUUAUCUAUUACAAAACAUUUCUUACACCUUGUAAAGUUGUAAUGCUAACUAGGGCAAUCAAACUAUUAGAGCAUGAGACUAUUCUCAAGUCUCAACCCCACCAAUUCCUUCUUCAAAUUUCUAAACUUUUGUCCUUCCCUUCAAAAUCCUCGAUCUAUCUCUAAUAUCUUUAUUUCUUACAAAUGCACAUCAAGUGAAUUUGUCUUAGUCAAAUCAUGACAAGUGACAAUAAAAUUUGAAAUUAUCU